CUACCACCAAAAGCUCUCCAAUUGGGUUUGGGUCUCCCCACAACGCCCUACCUCUUCCAUCACCACCACUCCCUCUCCCUCUUCCCCUCCAGCCCUAAAUACCCCCAUUCAGGCAUUUACGCAAACACAUAAUAAAUACGGGUGCAGGAUAACCCCCUGCGCACCCCUAGCGCACCCCAACCACCCUCACCCUCCUCACAUUCUUCUUCAAAACCUAGGGCCCAGAUUUCAUAAAUGCCUCCCCGUCUCCUCUCGCAGCAGCAGCAGCAGCUCUAGUGGGGGUUUCUCCGAGGACAAAGGAGAGUCUUCUGGGUCUGGGUCUGGCUCUGAGCCUGGCCCUGCCGCUGGUCUUAUGGCCGAUAUGGGUUCGGACAAUAAAGGCACUGAUUGGUACGAGAGCCAAUUGUACCCAAACCACGACGAAUUGUUAUCUCCUCUGAAACAUCGCCAACAACAACAACAACAGCAUUCUUCCUCCAAAUUGCUCACCUUGCCCACCAUUCUAACGCUCGGCCGCGUUGCCUCUGUGCCGAUUCUCAUUAGCACUUUCUACGUGGAUAGUCGGUGGGGAACAACUGCUACAACAAGUAUUUUCAUUGCUGCAGCAAUUACUGAUUGGCUUGAUGGGUACAUUGCUCGAAAGAUGAGGUUGGGAUCUGCUUUUGGUGCUUUUUUGGAUCCCGUAGCUGAUAAGCUCAUGGUUGCAGCCACACUGGUUUUGUUGUGUUCCAGGCCUUUGGAUGUUGCUAUGUUUGGGCAAGUUCCAUGGUUGCUGGUUGUUCCUUCAAUUGCCAUAAUCGGUAGAGAGAUAACCAUGUCUGCAGUUAGAGAAUGGGCUGCUUCUCAGAACAGUAAGCUUUUAGAGGCUGUUGCUGUAAAUAACUUGGGAAAGUGGAAAACAGCCACACAGAUGAUCGCACUAACUGUCCUCUUGGCCACCCGAGACAGCAGUCUUGGAAAACCAGAGGCUCUAGUAGCUUCGGGUGUUGCUUUGCUUUAUAUUUCAGCAGGGCUUGCUGUAUGGUCUUUAGUUGUGUAUAUGAGCAAGAUAUGGAAAGUACUGCUGAAGUAGUGUGUGUGCUGUUGCUCUGUGUUUACGGAUAUACAUACUUCUCAACCGAGCAAUCAUCUCAAAUUCGAAGUACUUGUUAGUGCUCUGUACAUGAACCCCGUAAUGAGCCAUUGGAGCAUCCUGCUGAUAGUCGAUGGAGGGGAUAACCGUUAUUGCUAAAGUUUCUGCAGUAUUAAGUAAAUUGCACUUUCAUAUUUUGGGCGGGGUAGUAUCAUUUUGUUUGAUUGCUCCCCUCGGCGACUUUAUAUUCUCACAGCUGUCAGGUUCAUCUGACUUUUUGGGAUAAUAGAGAUGUUGAAACAAAAUUUCCUCAUUACAUAUCACAUUUUGGUUAUUCAAUUUUUUGUUCUUUGAAAAAAAUAUGUACACUGAUUUGGAAGAUCCUGGUUCUUUGAAGCCGAGAUGAUGUUGGAGGAUGUGGCAUUAAUUAAUUUAGUUGCUGCUGCAGUUUGGUCUGGUGUUGGAGAUGGCUUAUGUUUGUUGAUUCUAGAAAGUGUAAACAAAAAUAAUCUACGGCUAAAGAAAGUAGCUUUCUGAGUUC